CUUUCUUCCAGCCACUAUAAUUUCACUCCCACACGUCAUUCACACACACUCAAAACCCCACUCUACACACACAUGAAUCUCGUGGAGAUUGCUUAUUUCGUCGUCCUUUAUCCUUGCUGUCUUCUGGGAUCACGACAAAGCACACUGUUCACAAUUCUGUAUCUAUAAUCCUUCUAUGUAUGUAUCUCUAUUUCCAUAUCGGAUUCACUUUCUGAUGUGACCUACCUGCCCAUUUUUCUGUAGAAUUCACUCGGUCUUCUCUCGCUCCUUACAAUCGCUUGACCCAUAAAACCAGUGUCAGUUUCAAGAAUGUCUACGGUCUUGGUGGAUUUGAUGCAGAACGACAGUGCGAGUAAUGGUGAUUGUGUGAAUAAUGGUGAUUGUGAUAGCGAUUAUGAUUUCUCGAAGCUAGGGGAUAAGCCUAAACACUUGAAUAUGGAGCGGCAAAGAUCGUUUGACGAACGGUCACUGGUUGAGGCAUCACCCGGUCACACACCGUGGGCAGAAAAUGGACAGAGACAUAUGGAUCUUGAUAACCUUUUUUCGCCUAGUAGAAGAUCAUCUUUUAAUACGCCUAGAUCGAUUUGCGGGUUUGAACCACACCCGAUGUUUGCUGAGGCUUGGGAGUCUUUGAGGAAGACGAUGGUGUACUUUCGUGGUCAACCGGUUGGGACAAUUGCCGCAUUAGACAAUUCAGAUGAGAAACUAAACUACGAUCAGGUUUUUGUAAGAGAUUUCGUGCCAAGUGCUUUGGCCUUCCUAAUGAACGGGGAACCCGAAAUUGUCAAGAAUUUUCUUCUAAAGACUCUUCGGCUUCAAUCGUGGGAGAAGAAAAUUGACCGGUUCCAACUAGGGGAAGGUGUCAUGCCAGCUAGUUUUAAAGUUCUCCAUGAUCCAGUUCGUAAUACUGAGACUUUGAUGGCAGAUUUUGGUGAGAGUGCAAUCGGACGAGUUGCACCGGUCGAUUCAGGAUUUUGGUGGAUCAUAUUGCUCCGUGCAUAUACGAAAUCGACCGGAGACACUUCGUUGGCCGAAAUGCCCGAUUGCCAGAAGGGUAUGCGGUUGAUACUCGCUUUAUGCCUUUCUGAAGGUUUUGACACGUUCCCAACUCUACUUUGUGCCGAUGGGUGCUCUAUGAUUGAUCGAAGAAUGGGUGUGUACGGAUAUCCAAUAGAGAUACAAGCGCUCUUCUUCAUGGCGUUGAGAUGUGCUUUAGUUUUAAUCAAGCAAGAUGCUCAAGGAAAAGAACUCGUCGAGAGAAUCGUGAAGCGUCUUCACGCUCUAAGUUUUCACAUGAGAAGCUAUUUUUGGUUGGAUUUGAAGCAACUGAAUGACAUAUAUCGGUAUAAAACCGAGGAGUAUUCGCAUACUGCGGUCAACAAGUUUAAUGUGAUUCCCGACUCGCUUCCUGAAUGGGUUUUUGACUUCAUGCCAACUUACGGGGGUUACUUCAUUGGAAAUGUUGGCCCCUCGAAUAUGGAUUUCCGUUGGUUUUGCUUGGGAAAUUGCAUUGCGAUUCUUUCAUCUUUGGCGACCCUUGAACAAUCAAUGGCGAUUAUGGAUCUCAUAGAAUCCCGAUGGGAAGAGUUGGUCGGAGAUAUGCCGGUGAAGGUUUGCUAUCCGGCCAUCGAAGGCCAUGAUUGGAAGAUUAUCACCGGAUGUGAUCCAAAGAACACUAGAUGGAGUUACCAUAACGGAGGAUCGUGGCCAGUGCUGUUGUGGUUGCUAACGGCUGCAUGUAUCAAGGUCGGACGCCCUCAGAUUGCAAGGCGUGCGAUCGAGGUUGCAGAACUUAGGCUAGCGAAAGACGGGUGGCCGGAAUAUUAUGACGGGAAGAGCGGGCGGUACGUCGGGAAACAGGCUCGAAAGCAUCAAACAUGGUCCAUUGCUGGUUAUUUGGUGGCAAAAAUGAUGCUUGAGGAUCCUUCACAUUUAGGUAUGAUAGCACUUGAAGAAGAUAAACAGAUGAAAUCCAUAGUCAAAAGAUCAUCUUCCUGGACUUUUUAACGUUGAAUCGCAUCGUAUUUAUAAUUUUUCGUAUUUGUAAGAUUCGGGUAUUUCCGUUAGGGUUUCCGUAGACGUCGAGAUGUAGUUUUCGGAUGUUUUUUUGGUGAAAAUUGAUGUUGGUUUGUAGAAAGAGAUACAAAAUUGAAGUUUCUUAGUU